AUGGCCGCCAACUUUGACAAAGUGAUCGCGUCCGCCACGCUGGCGGGCAGCCUCCUCUCUUGCGUCGCGACGACAUGCGUGCUGACUUCGUUUGCCAUCUACCGUCACCAGAUGCGCAGUUUUCGCCAUGCUCUCGUCUUGAACCUUUCGGUAGCGGAGUUCAUCAACUCGCUCAACAAUACGGUUUCAGGCUUUAUAUACAUGCGCACGAGGGGCCUCCAGCCCGGCGCAGCCUGCACCGUCAACGGCUUCGUGGGCCAGCUCUCGGUGCAGGCCGCCGACUUUUCCAUCCUCGCCAUCGCGCUCGUCACGCUCCUCACCGUCACGGGGACAGUGUACAUGCCCAAGGCGUCGCUCGCGCGCAAGGCCACCAUCUGCGGCGCCGUCUGGGUGGUUCCCGUGGCGACGAGCGUCACGGCGACGGCCAUGGGCCAGAUGGCCCCCGUUGGAGGCAACUGGUGCUGGAUCUCGGCGGCGAGGCCGGACCUGCGCGAUGACGAUAUGAAACUGGACAACCUGAUGCGCGUUGAAGCCGCUGGUGCCGGAACAACGACGAAACCCGCAGGGCUGAGCAUCAGCGUGCACGAGGUGAAGAUGGACGCCGCCGCCGUUGAGGCCAAGGGUGGUAUGAUGGACUUUGACGACGACGACGAUGAUGACGACGCCACGACGCUGGACGAGAUGAUCCACGGCACACCCGGCAAAACGCUCCGACAGCAAAAAUCAUUCCAGGAAGACCUCGAGAGAAUCACGCCCAAGUCGUCGUACCCCGGCGACAACCACGUCUCGAUUCCCAGACCGAGCGCCAGUGCCAGCGGCAGCGUUCGCAGGGCCCCGAACGUGCCGGCGAACAGGACGAUGCGCAGCACGCUGAGCGAGUUCCCCAUCAGGCAAGACUCGCAUCAGGUGGAACGGGAGAUCAAGAAGAUGAUGUUCCUCAACGCGUACCCGAUCAUGUACGUGCUGCUCUGGAUCCCCGGUCUCGUGAACCGGCUGCUGCAGGCGUCGGGGAACGCGCCGGGGCCGAGGACGAUGGCGGCGUUGCAGGUGUCGACGCAGAUGGCUCGGCAUGUCGUUGGCUUGGAGUGGAUGCUCACCUGGAGCCCCAGCGAGGGCUCCAGGCCCCCGUGCAGUGGAUUUCUACCUGUAGCUUCCGUGGACGCCAUGUCUCUCGGCGGGUUCUGGGAAGGUGCCAAGGGUGCCUCGAGAUGGCACCUUCUGCAGCUCCAGAACAGUCACGUGAUACCAUGCAUGACCGAAAUGGAAAGACCACCUGGUGCCAAAAAUAGCAACACCGCUAAGCGCCGCCAAGUGCAGGUCGAAGUGCAAGGGCAAGAGCAGCAGAAAGGAGUAUGCAAGAGCUGGCUGUGCCAGUGA